AUGCCUAUCUUCAGUGUAAAAGAUCUUUCCAUGAAAUUACCUGAAGGUAAAUGGUUAUUCAAAGAUAUAUCGUUCGAUUUAGAAGAAGGAGAAACAUUGAUUUUACAACUUAUACCCUAUCAGAAGGGACAUUGCACAUUAUUUGAUAAAGACGUGAAUGAUUACACAGUUCCUAUUUGGCGUUCCAGAGUCAUGUAUGUUCCGCAAAGGCCUGCUGUCCACCCAGGAACUCCUUUAGACUUUUUCAAAAUGGUGAAGAAAUACGCCAGUCAGAAGAACAAAAAUACAGACGAUCCGGUUGAAAUCGGCUGUCAAUUUAACUUAAGUGAGAGCCAUUUCCACGAAAAGUGGAGCAAUCUCUCGGGUGGCGAAAUGCAGCGUUGUGCUUUAGCUAUAGCCAUUGCUCUUAACCCAGAUAUUUUAUUAUUAGAUGGUAAAAUACGAAACGAAGUAACAUUCUUAAAUAGGCAAUUAAGGACGAACUCCUAA